GCGAGAAGCGUAUGCCCCACGCGGCUUCCGUACCACUUCACACAUGCGACAACAGAAGGUCAAACAUGGCAGCUUGCAUGAAAAGCCUCGACAAAUUUGUAGUCUCGCUUAGGCUUUUGCGAAACCUGCAGGUCCAAAAUGAACGCUGUCUGUCUACUUCCCUCUGUCGCCGUGCUCCUGAGGGUGACGGCCAGCCACCCAAAUUCAUCCCUCCAUCUAAACCUGUCAUCAUAGAUAAAACAGUGCCCGAGGGCUCUCAACGAAAGUUUCUGAGCCCAGAGUUCAUCCCUCCCAGGCAGAGAACAGAUCCAUUCAAGUUUUACAUGGAGAGGAAAGACAUGAUCCAGAGGAGGAAAGUUAUCGACAUUCCUGAAUUCUACGUAGGGAGUAUCCUUGCAGUUACCAUGGCUGAUCCCAAUGCCCAUGGGAAGACCAACCACUUUGCCGGCAUCUGUAUCCAGAGGGGUGGGAAAGGUCUGGGGUCCACGUUUAUCUUAAGGAACAUUAUUAAUAAUCAAGGAGUGGAGAUCUGCUAUGAGAUAUACAACCCUCGCAUCCAGAAAAUUGAAGUGCUGAAGCUAGAGAAGAGACUGGAUGACAACCUGAUGUACCUGAGAGAUGCUCUGCCCGUGUACAGCACCGUGGACCCAGACAUGAAGCCGGUGGUCCUCUCCUCUACUGCAGAAGUGCCUGUGAACAAGAUCAAGGUCAGGAUGCUCCCCAGGCCGUGGUCUAAACGCUGGGAACGGCCCAACUUCAACAUCCAGGGCAUCCGCUUCGACCUGGCCCUGAGGCCAGGCCACAUUGAGCGCAACAAGAAGUGGGAGCAGCCGUGGCUGGAGUACGACAUGCUGAAGGAGUACGACACCUCCAAACUGGAGGAGGAGAUCUACGCUGAAGUUCAGCGGGAGAUGAACAAGUGAGGAAGAUCAUGAGUCCUUAGUUCGACCAUCAACAACAGACAUUUCCAGGAUUGGGAAACGCAUGGAUGUGGAACAACCGACUAGACUGUGAUCAAUUCUCAUGUACAGAACUGUAUACAAGGAGGGGCCUAGACGGACGUCCCAUCAUCUCCCACAGCCACUGAUCUACUGUACCAUUAUGCAGAUACAAAGUGGGUUUCAUAAUAAAAGUGUUUAAAUUGUCACGGCUUUUUGAAUUG